AUGCCGAUCCCCAUUCAGCAUGAAUCAACUGUCAAGAAAGAAGAACCCACGACGUCCAAUGAUGUUGAAAUGACCGAUGCGCCAGAAGCAGAACCCGAACCAGCUGCUGCAAAGGCAGACACAAAAGUAACGGAAACAGCCCCAGAACCAGUGGGCUCCCUUGCGACGGCCGACGGUGUUACAAAGGAUGGAUAUACUGUUAUGAAUGAGGUUGUACACAAAUUGUCUGAAUAUCGCACUGAAGAUGGUUACGACAUUUCACAGCUAUUUCAGCGCAUGCUCAACAAGAGGUUUCUACCAGACUACUUCGAGGUGAUUAAAGAACCUACUGCAUUUAGCACAGUUAGACAAAAAAUCCUCAAGAAACAAUACAAGAACUUCAAGGAAUUCGUCCGCGACUUCGCCCUCAUAUCGCACAAUGCGCAAGUUUACAAUCGCCCGUCUGCAGCUGCAUAUCACGACGCCAUUGCGCUUAGGGAGUUGUUCAAGAAGGAAAUGCAACAGUUGGUAGAUGGAAAGGUUAUUACUGCGGAGGAAGCAGAGCUGCCUGACCUUGGAGAACUCCCACCUGUCGAAGAUUCACCACCACCGGGCCCGGAAGACGAAGAACAGGAGGAUGAUGACGAGGAUGAUGAAGAGGAUGAUGAGGAAGACGAUUCGGACGAUGACGGCGUAAAACGAAAGUACAAACGUAAAAAUCGACGUUCGAGCAUGAACAGGCGAGACGGGGGCGAUGAAACUGUAAAAGAGCCUGAGGAGCAGAAGAAGCGCGGCAGGCCACCUAAGGUGCAUACUCCAAUGGAGGCUCGCAUAAAUAAUAUCCUAAAAGGAUUAAGGAAAUUCAAAAAUCCUAGAGGAGAGCUCAAAAUUGCACCAUUCGAGAGAUUGCCCGAUAAGACCAACAUGCCAGAAUAUUACCAGGAAGUCAAGGCUCCAAUGGCAAUGGAUCUUAUUAAAAGACAGGCGAAGCGCAAGAAGUAUGAAACUGUGGGUGAAGUUCUUAAAGAUAUAGAGCUCAUGUUUGAUAAUGCCAAGGCAUUUAAUGAGGAGGAUAGUGAAGUUUACAACGAUGCAGUGUUCCUUCAAAAUGAAGCUAGGGCUCUUGCUGAACAAGAAAAGAAUAGACCAGAUGAAGACUUUGCUUCCGAAGAUGGACGAAUUCCUUUGAAAGAAAUACUUUAUAAAGGCGAGGUGUGGAAGGUUGGCGACUGGAUCCACAUAACUAAUCUUAACGAUGUUACAAAGCCAGUAGUUGGGCAAAUAUAUCGGACCUGGCGGGAUAUUGAAGGACAAGACUGGAUUAAUGCUUGUUGGUAUUUACGGCCCGAGCAGACAGUUCAUCGCUAUGACAAGCAUUUCUAUGAAAAUGAGGUCGUCAAGACUGGACGCUAUAUUGAUCAUAAGAUUGACGAUGUUGUCGACCGUUGCUUUGUCAUGUUUUUUACAAGAUACUUCAAAGGACGUCCUCGUAACUUCCCUGCAGACAAGGAGAUUUAUGUUUGCGAAGCACGUUACAAUGAACAUGCAUUCAAGCUCAACAAAAUCAAAACCUGGGCUAGCUGUGUACCAGAUGAAGUAAGGGAGAAAGAUUAUGAAAUGGACCUCUUUGACACUCCAAGGCCGAUGAAAAAGUUUCCAAGCCCGAUUAAGCAUCUGCUUCGUGAUGAUGCCACAGAACAUGAUGAAACACCAAAGCCUACACUUGGCGUAAAAGGGGCGCCUCCUAUUGUCGGAGCUGUGCAUAAACUGCCUCGCGCCGAAAAUGACUCUCCGCCACCAUCGCCCACUCCACCCCUGGCAUCUCCUCUACCAAAUCCGGAACCAAUUCGUCCUCAGCCUCCAACCGAUAGACCUCGGUUUGAUUCACAGGGCGACAUUUCGAUGGCUGGAACGACUCCGAGUGCUACGGCCUCGCCCAUGAUCAGCCAGCACUCAACCCAACCGCCAUAUACGCAAUCUUUUGCACAAGCUCGACCAUCUGCCUCUCCAGCACCACCUCAGCAUAGUCAUUCAUACAGCUCGCACGGAACUGCGCCAGUUGUACCGCCAACUCCAUCAUAUCAACAAAGUACUUACAACCAUCAUACUACCGCCACUCCAACCGCUACACAUCACCACUCCAACCCACUAGCCAACUAUCAAAGUUACCACAGCAGUAGUACGCCACGUGUUGGUGGUACCAGUUCAAAUUCACAUAUCUCGCAUGGUAACGCAUAUAAUCCACCACGCGCCAUUGAGGUCUACACACUACCCGAUGCUGCCAAUUCCUCUAUCCCAGCCGACGUUCGAUCGCAAUUUCACACAGACGAAUUUGGCAGGAUCAUUUUCUACACCUCACCACCACUGGAUUACAAUCCAAUUCCGGAUGAGUCGCAAGGUCUGGGGCAUAGCUUGAAGUAUCUAGCCAAUAAAGUGCGACGUAAGGAAGAGCUGGAGAAGAAACGCAAAAACCGUGAAGUCGAGCUAGAAAUAGAAGCUAAGGAAAGAUUGAAGCGUAACAGAAGCUGA